UAAAUAAAUUAAACUGAGUGGAAGUCAAAACAUUUUUCGAAAAACUAGUUGAAAAAUAGAAAAUACAAUCAUGCUAUGUAACCCAAAUAAUUACACUAUAAUCUAUCAAAUCUUAAAACUUCAUCAUCUUCGCCAUAUGCACUGAACCAUGCAUUCAGCCGAGAGUAGCGUGCUAUCUUCAAGAAGAAAGAGAGCAGUAUUUAAUAAUAAUGCACCUUUUGCAAGUGAAAAUUAAAUAACUCUUUUUUAUGUCGUGCAAAACAUUAAAUACAUUAAUUAAAACCGCAAUUUUUUAAAGAAAUUGUGUGAAGAACUAACAAAAUGAAGUAAGUCAGCGGUUUUUAAAUACAAACCACGGCGUACAACAUCAGCAACGCAGUAUCGCAACACCCCCAGAACGCCAAGUGAUAAAAAUAUCCCAAAUGAUUUAAAAUCGUUCGGUUAACAUGAAAUUAAAAUUAAUUUAACAAAAAUUCUUAAUUUGAUCACAAUAAAAGAUUUCGAAAAGGGUGAUAAUAUGGAAAACAUUUGUUCUGAGAUUGGUAUUAAUUUGCAACAUGUAGCUGACACUUCAGUCGAGCAACGUUAUCAGCUGAUCUGCGAUAAACAGUGGUUGCAGACCUUGGAAAGGAAAAGAAAAAUUUCGACAUUUCCGGUUUAUCCGCGAUUGGAUAGAAGAGCACAUCCGGAGGGCAUGCUUGAGCAUCCGUGGACUAAAAUUUUAGUUCAAAUCUACAAAAAGCAAACUCAAACCAAAGUUUUUCCUUUGCCACGUAGUAAUGGAGAGUUUGUGGGCUUAGAGGAUGAUUUUGGCAGCACUCUGCCACUAACUUACUCCCAAGCGGUGUUUGAUAUAACGCAAACGAAUUUUCGAAAUGCAUGGGAAUAUAAUUACAAAAACUUCGCAGGAACUCAUUUACCAAGCGGAAACCGCAAUCAAAAAUCAAAUAAAAGUCCUACUACAGAAUUACUUGGUUACGACAAAGUUCUAAGAGAACUUAUACAAAUCGUAUUCAGAUGUCCGAUAAUACAUAGCCAGCUUGAUCGUGAAAAGGACGACUUUACAUUACCGCCAUCAGCAGAGGAACAUAGACCCAACACCCAUUCCAAUAUAAUGCCUGCCUUGAUAGCAAUUGAAACUUCGUCUCAUUUUGCAAUUUUCUUUUAUCCUCCCUGUGUAGCGACUAGUUUAUAUGAUUGCAUUACUUAUAGCCCAGCGAUUUUAAGCAAAAAUUAUAAUCAAUCAUUGUUUAUCAUAUAUCAGAUUUUUCAAUUGACCAGAGCUAUGCAUCGACGAGGCUUGCUGUUAGGUGAUUUGUCUCUGCAAGAUAUUCUUGUUGCCGAUAAUCUAUGGGUUAUAGUUAUUCCUCCACUUGAAUCCAAUAUUUUAAUAUACUCACCGCCUGAGGAUGCCACUCAUUGUACCAGUGACGCAUUCAAUGAUUUGGAAAUGGAUCAGAAAUGUAUGAUUGAUUUGGACGAAGAACAUGAGGAAUAUUUAGACCUGAAAGUGGAUUUGAAAUUUGCUUACGACUUGGGUCAAUUCUCGCUGAGAGAUUACUGCGAAAUGUGGUGCAAUGGUCAAAUGUCGAAUUAUGAUUAUCUUACGAUUUUAAAUAAUGCUGCCGGAAGAUCUAUGAAGAAUCCAUCCUAUCAUCAUAUAAUGCCAUGGGUAACCGAUUUUACCACACGUAAUGGUAAUUGGCGCGAUCUUAGUAAAUCAAAAUAUCGCUUGAAUAAAGGUGAUAUCCAUUUAGAUCUGAUGUUCUCCCAUGCUCAUUGCAGUCAGUUUAGUGUACAAGAGAAAGAUCAACUUCACACUACGCCGCAGCAAGUACCUCAUCAUGUCUCCGAUUUUCUUUCCGAAAUCACUUAUUUCGUUUAUAUGGCUCGCCGCACUCCUCAGCAUAUCCUGCGUGAACAUGUACGACCCAUUUGGGUACCGGCUGAAUACCCCGUUUCUAUACAACGUCUUCAAGAAUGGACGCCGGACGAGUGCAUACCAGAGUUUUAUUCAGAUCCAAUGAUUUUCAAAAGUAUACAUGAAGACUUAGCUGAUCUUGAGCUACCCAGCUGGGCUUCUUGUCCAGAGGAUUUCAUUUGCAAGCAUCGAGAAGCUUUAGAAUCUCAAUACGUUAAUGAACGUUUGCAGCAUUGGAUUGAUUUAAAUUUUGGUUAUAAACUCUCCGGUAAGGCUGCCAUUAAAUCAAAAAAUGUUUGCCUCAGUAUGGUAGAUCAGCAUAAAAACAUUUGCCGUCAAGGAAUAGUUCAACUUUUUUCUCAACCGCAUCCCGCGAAACAAGUGCCGAAUCCUUGGUUUUCUCGACAGGCACCGAGAAUACAAAAUAUCUUACCGCAAUCCCUACGUACAACCGAAAGAACUCCGUCAAAAAUAUGCGGAAAACAUUUACCUGACGACAGCAAGCGCUUAGCAAGAAGUUCAGAAAAUUUGCAUCAGUCCUCGGAUUCCUUAGAUAAAGUUGAAACGCACUGCACACGUUCCGUUGGUGGUAAUUCUCCGCGCCUAUCUCUCAAAACCCAUCCACCAAGUGCUCAGGAAGAGGCUAACAAAACUUCAAACUUUUAUAUGUGCACCAAUUUUAUAGAAUUACCUAAAAGUUAUAAUCCGGUUGCGUUAUUGCAAUCGAUAGAGAGCACGCAAACAUUUAUUAAUAAAACGUUUCCUUUACAGAAACGAACGGAAAAUGCUAGAGAGAAAUUAUUCGGUAGCGAUUUAUUAUUUGAAGAUUGUUCAGAUGAUCACAGUUUUACGAAUCAAUUAUUCAAUGAUUUUUCCCCAGCCGAGUUAAUUGGAAACAAAACAAAACUGAAAGCGAAUCUAGCUAGCAGAUCUUUGAGGAAUUCGUUUUAUUCACAACUGCAAGAGAAUCACAUUAAGGAUCUUAGGAUUUUGGGAUGUUUGAUAAUCGAACUGUUUGCCAUGGCACGACUACGCCCAUUAUUGAGUCCAAAUUUUCCAGCUAAAUUUGAGGAACGCUUGAAAGCUUGCCAAACCAUUAAAAGUCUCCACCAACAAGACAUUCCCAAAUGCUUGCGUUACAUCACCUCUUUACUGCUGAAUUUUAAUGAUAAAGAAUUGGUUACAAAGGAAGGCUUACCUCUUCCAACAGCCGACCAAAUUUUACAGCCUAUUUACUAUAAUAUCUUGAUACCAUUUCCAACUAAUUACUAUGCUUGCUACGCACUUUUGCAGUCUCUGCGCUCUUUUGAUAUCGCUUCAACUUUACUCGAACUGUAUACUCACUUUCAUUGCAAUGGUUUGCAGUGCUCCCAAUAUAAAGAUAUCGACUGUACUAGAGUUCUUUUUGAACGGAAAAUUGCCGAAUGCAAAGUUAUGUCAUGCUGCGCUCAUAUUGGCAGUUUACUUGAACCCACGGCUUACGAACAAUUUGUUCCUGUGGACAUAUUAUUACCUCACAUUAUAGAACUCCUAUGCAAUGAGCAUACUUCUAUAUUAACAGCUUGGAAUCUUUUCGAUUCCGUAGCGCAAGCUUUGGGAACGAAAGUAACGCAGAAGCAACUGUUACAGCCGGUUAUGAAAUUAUAUGAUGUGGAAAGUUUCGAGCGUGGCAUGACUUCUGUACGCAAUCGUGCCUCAAACGAAACUUUGACGGAUGCAAAUGCUCAGCUGAGAUUUUCUACUAGCAGUUCCUUUAAGUCGCGUAAAUCCGUGAAAUUGUAUCAUCACAGUUUCCUGCUAAGACUCAUUGUACGCUUUGGUUUAAAGUGUUUUCUACAAAAUUUCAUUGCUCCUCUCAUAGAGGCUGUCGGUGGUUAUAAAGAACCAGAAGAUGGCAAUGGGCUGCAUUAUCAUAGUAUAUUAAAUGGACGCAGAACAAGCAGAAAUUUAAGUCUUUCAAUAGUCAAUAUUGACAGGCAGGAAGGAUGUUCGGACACGUUAAAAUCUGCGGAAAAAGCCGAACAACAGUUUGAUGACAAUACGUUAUCAGAGGAGGGUGAAGAUUCUAAACACGACAUCGAAGAUGUAUUCAGUUUCGAUGACGAUGUCAAUUCAGAUGCCCAUAUUUCUGCCUCGGAUCAUAUUUCCAAUAAAUCAUUAGAUUCUUUAGAUAUGAGACCUACCACUGCCGAAGAAGCCAAAGAGGAGGAUGAAAGCACGCCUGAGAAACUAGCUAUCUCUGAAAUUAUUUAUGGCUCAAAAAUUUCUAAUAAUUCGCUUGAAGAGACCGAUAAAAUAUCAUUAAGCGGACAAAAUGUUGGCGAGACGACUGCAAUAGCCACACAAUUAGGACCACGAUCACCCACCGUGGCUAUACCGGCCAAUAUCUUUAGAAGAUCUUACCAACUUAAUACCAUAGAUUGCGAUAUAGGUUCGCGAAAAAGUAUUGAUUCCUUCGAGAUUAUGCAACAGGCAGUGGACGAGGAAGAAGAAUUUAGUGAGGCGCAAAGACGCAAUCGAAACUCCUUGGGCGAGGGAGGAAACAAAGCGGACACAAAUCUCGAAGGCGAAGGAGAUGUAACAGAUGGCUGCGACUCUUUGCAAGCUUCAGUUAUAUCCAAAAUGUCCGAAGUGAAAGCUUUACAAAAUAAUCGGAUCGCUGAAAUGAGUGCCGAAAGUCUCGUAUGGUUGUCGCACCGUUUAGGCCCGGUUUUGACCUGCCGUUUUAUUACCAAAAAUCUCUUAAAAAUGCUAACCCUUUGCUAUGUGGGUCAGGAAAAUCUGUUACCUGAAAGCGGUGCUUCUGCCGAGUUUAAUAACUUGAAUUACUUUACCGUUUCCGAUGCUCGUGUUGUGGGCGAUCAUAGUGCUAUUCGGGUCUUAGAAUGUCUUAUGUCGAUUACGGCUCUGUACGGUGAACAAGUCAUUCUAUUGCAAUAUUUUCCACACAUAAGCGAAUUAAUAGCUACGGGUACAAAACGUAUAACUACAAGUUUGGAGGGUGCUAUCAUAAGUACCCUUCAAUUAUUAAAGUAUUUAAUCCCUUGCUUAACGGACACUACCAUCAUGGAGCAUUUAAAGGAUGUUUUCUUGAAUGCAAUAAUAUUACCGGUGCUGAAUUUUUUGAAUUCUACAAAUGUCCUCAUGCCAAGCGGUUAUUUGGGACGUUCAGUGUUGGCUCGCAAACUAAUUGAUGCCGUUUACGUUCUAUGUGUGCGCAUCGGCUCCGAUAUGACUCGGGAGCACUUAUGUGUCAGCGUAUUACAACCGUUUUUCCAAAUUUUCGAUAAAGCGUACGGACGAGAUGGCUCAGCUGAAGAUCUGCAACAUCAUAGACGUGAAAUAGAAGAGUUACGAGAUGUCUUUUGCACUGCUUUAGCUCAUAGCGCUUAUCUGGCAUUUUUACGAUUUCUGGGAGAUGAAACAAUGAGGCGAAGCUUAUUAAAUUUUGAAUUUAUUGUAACCCUGUGUCAUGAAUUUGAACAACCACAUUACAAAUCUUGCGAUAUAAACUUUUCAGCGAGUGGUGAUGCGGUUGACUCACCAAUCGACAGAAGGUCCGAGUUAGCACAGGAGAUGUCAGUUGCUAAUAGUUUUGGCACUCAAGUAAUUGGCAAUCGUUUAGAGGUAGCUAACGCGAAAGUCAAGGAGACACCUCAACAUAUAGACUCAUUGGAAGCAUUGGAUAUGGUUACUUACAAGUUAGAACACUUGCCGACAACACGUUAUUUAAAAGGCAAUUGGUUGGCCUAUUGGCGACAUGAGAUUACUAGAUCCGACAAGGACACUAAUCUGAAUCUGAAGCAAAUCAAAUUGCAAUCAUUUGUGGGUCAUACGAACUCAGUACGAGCCCUAUUGGUUUUAGAUAAUGAAAACAGUUUCAUAUCGGCUUCGAAGGAUAAAACAGUUAAGCUGUGGUCUUUGCGGAGUGAAGGCGAUGGCAGCAAAACUACUUCGUGCCAAUUUACUUACACAGCACAUAGAAAAUCGAUACAUUCUUUGACGUUUCUGGAGUCUGCACGUUUUGUGGUUUCGUGUGAUUCAGGUGUACAUAUGUGGGAUCCUUUUAUCGGAAGACCAUUGGGAAUUUUAGACAAUCCGAAACAUAAUGCUAUAACAGUCGUCAAAUGCUUGCCAUCUCCUUCGCCCCUGGUGGUGGCAGGUACAGCGGAGGCUUCUGUGAAAAUUAUCGAUUCGCGUUGCAUGCAAUAUGUCAACGAAUGGCGGCUUAGUCCAUAUACACAAUUCAAUGCAACGGUGCGAUGUCUGACCGUAGCUCCUUCGAGUAAUUGGUUGGCUGUGGGCUUAUCCACAGGCAGUAUUGUUAUGUUAGAUACUCGCACUGGAAUUCUAAUGAAUAGUUGGCGUCCUAUGGAAUGUGAUUUAUUGCAAUUAUCGGCGCCUAAUGACCAGCAAUUAAUAAGUUCUGCUCUGGAUCAUAGUUUAGCGGUAUGGCAUGCUAAUGAUGGGAUCUUGCACUAUCAGUUAGCUCCACCUCCAGAACCAGCCCAUUACCUACAAACGAUCGGCUCCGAAUUGGUUUAUGCGACUACCGGCAAUCGCAUAGGCAUUUAUUCUGACCUUAGCAAUUCGCAUGCUAUCCAUACGGUUACUAAGUUGCGUUCGGAAAACUUUAGAGGUGUGCUAACAUCCUUGGCUGCAUUGCCUUUAAAUAGAGCCUUUCUGGCCGGCAAUGAAAGCGGAAACAUAUCUUUAUUGUGUUAGUUGUUCUUUUUUUUUUUUUUUUUUUUUUCUUAUCUUGUUUUACUGUAGAAGAGAAAUAUUGCGUGGAUGAGAACAUACGUAAACGCGCAUUCCUACCACCUUACCUAUCUUAUAUAUUUUAAAUAUUUUUUACAUUUUCCAUAACCAAACACCUCUUGCCGUUAAUUA